AUCAUCGCUAUAAACUACUAUCCUCGAACUUGUAAACAACAAAAAGCCACUUCAUCUAGUGACCAUUUCGAGCUCCCCGUCUGUUUGGAGCUAAUUCACCCACUGGAUACUGUCACCACACACUGCUCCGCUCCGAAAUGGAAUCUCCCAGUGCUCGAACACUCGGGAAUUCUCUGGCGGAUGACUGUGGCAACGGCAACGGGAAUGGAAAUGGGAACGGAAACGGGAACACCACGAUGAUGCCACAUGGAAUCUACCAUGAGCGACAGACACGCCACCUUUGCGGCCUCCACGCCCUGAACAACCUGUUCCAGGGCCCCGACACGUUCUCCAAAUCUGAACUGGACGACUACUGCACCACACUGACCCCGCGCAACUGGCUGAAUCCGCAUCGUUCGUGGAUCGGCUGGGGCAACUACGACGUGAAUGUGAUCAUGUACGCCCUGCAGCAGCGGAAUUGCGAGGCGGUGUGGUUCGACCGCCGGCGGGAUCCACACUGCCUCAAUUUGAGCGCCAUUUUCGGCUUCAUCCUCAAUGUGCCGGCCCAGAUGAGCCUGGGCUACUACAUCCCACUGCCCUUCCAGAUGCGCCACUGGCUGGCACUGCGUCGCUUGAACGGCAGCUACUACAACCUGGACUCCAAGCUGCGGGAGCCAAAGUGCCUGGGCACCGAGCAAGAGUUCCUCGAGUUUCUUCGCACCCAGCUGCAGUUGGACCACGAGCUAUUCCUGGUGCUGAACGAGGUGCAAGCGGACUCGAAGGACGCAAAGACCCAGCAACGUUGGCUGUUGCCGCAGUUCAGGGAUUAAUGUUAUGGUUAUGCAAAUAAAGUUAUAUCAUGGAGCACCAUUAGUUAUUGUACCAAUUAUUUCAUGAAAUUAACCAAAAAGUGCCCUAGAAUAUGCAAUUUAAAUAUUAACUAUUUCGCACUGUAAGUGGUAGCCACAUUUAAGCAAAGAAAC